GCAGGCCGGAGGGAGGGGGAGGCCUGUCAGUCUCGUGGGUUGCCCGGGCGAAGGGGGCGGAGCCUUGGCGUGGGGCGGCCAAUAGUGGGGGUGGCUGCGUGGGUCGCCAUGGGGACGGGGCUGUUCCCGGGGAGGCUGUGAUGGGUUGACAGGUGCGUGACAGUGGGAGCUGCUCUCGGCACAAGCAUGUACGGCAAAGGCAAGAGUAACAGCAGCGCCGUCCCGUCCGACAGCCAGGCCCGGGAGAAGUUAGCACUCUACGUAUAUGAGUAUCUGCUCCAUGUAGGAGCUCAGAAAUCGGCCCAAACAUUUUUAUCAGAGAUAAGAUGGGAAAAAAACAUCACAUUGGGGGAACCACCAGGAUUCUUACAUUCUUGGUGGUGUGUAUUUUGGGAUCUCUACUGUGCAGCUCCAGAAAGACGGGAAACAUGUGAACAUUCAAGUGAAGCAAAAGCCUUCCAUGAUUAUAGUGCUGCAGCAGCUCCCAGUCCAGUGCUAGGAAACAUUCCCCCAGGAGAUGGCAUGCCAGUAGGUCCUGUGCCACCAGGGUUCUUUCAGCCUUUUAUGUCACCUCGGUACCCUGGAGGUCCAAGGCCCCCACUGAGGAUACCCAACCAGGCACUUGGAGGUGUCCCAGGAAGUCAGCCAUUACUACCCAGUGGAAUGGACCCAACUCGACAACAAGGGCAUCCAAAUAUGGGUGGGCCAAUGCAGAGAAUGACUCCUCCAAGAGGAAUGGUGCCCUUAGGACCACAGUCUGACCCUUGGUUAUCAUUACAGAACUAUGGAGGUGCAAUGAGACCCCCACUGAAUGCUUUAGGUGGCCCUGGAAUGCCUGGAAUGAACAUGGGGCCAGGUGGUGGUAGACCUUGGCCAAACCCAACAAAUGCCAAUUCAAUACCAUACUCCUCAGCAUCUCCUGGGAAUUAUGUAGGUCCUCCAGGAGGUGGAGGGCCACCAGGAACACCCAUCAUGCCUAGUCCAGCAGAUUCCACCAACUCUGGAGACAACAUGUAUACUUUAAUGAAUGCAGUACCUCCUGGACCUAACAGGCCUAAUUUUCCAAUGGGCCCUGGGUCUGAUGGUCCCAUGGGUGGAUUAGGAGGAAUGGAGUCACAUCACAUGAAUGGCUCUUUAGGCUCAGGAGAUAUGGACAGUAUUUCCAAGAAUUCUCCCAAUAAUAUGAGCCUGAGUAAUCAGCCGGGCACUCCAAGGGAUGAUGGCGAAAUGGGGGGAAAUUUCUUAAAUCCUUUUCAGAGUGAGAGUUACUCCCCUAGCAUGACAAUGAGUGUGUGAUCCAUUACCCAGUCUCCUCGUGAAAACCACAGUGAGUCAGCCCUUCACAGAACUCCUACGGAAGAAAAUCAUUCAUCACAGUGUACAGUUCUACAAAGGAAUCUCAGUCACACCAAACCAACCUUUUAAUUUCCUGCUCUCUCCCCUCUUUUGUGAAGAAAGCGGGUCCAAACGUGAUUCGAACAACUGUACGGAGCGGCAUAUGAGAACUGCCCUACACUGAACUGCAAAUGAUUAUCUGUGUAUGUAUACGUGUGGGGAAGAGAAUGUGCUGUGUGUGUGGAUGUUAAACGGACACACGCACAUACAGACACUGACCCACAGGACAUUGUAAAAUAUUAUCACAUGACAUCUUAAGUAGAAAUAAGUAGGGACUUUUAUUCCAUCCUCUUUUUUCACGUUUACAUUUUAAUUAUUAAAAGUUGCUCCUGCCCCUCCCUGAACUAUUUUGUGCUGUGUAUAUCACUGCUUUAUAUAAGUUAUUUUUUAAGGUGAACUCAGAUGUAUGGUUUUGUAAAUGUCUGCGAUCAUGGAUAGGAAUAAAAUCGCUUAUUUGAGAGCUUUCAUUAAAUUGCGUGUGAUGCAAGUUAUCCUGUGAAUCACAACGUGUACUGUCUCAGAAAAGAAGGGUGUCUUCAUCUUUAUGUCAAAUCAAAUAAUUUCUCAGUUACCUUCGGUGGAAGUAUUUUUGUAAUUUUUACUUAGGAAAAAAUACUUCACGUCAACAAAAGCUUAACCGGGGCCUAACACAGUAUAUUUCGGCAAUAACUGCUCUAAAUGGAAUUCUCAAUUUGUUUGUUUUAAUUGAUGCAGAAAGUCGUUCAAUUAGCCACAACUGCUUAGACCAUAGCAAUAAAGUGACAGGGGUUGUCAUAUUUUUAGCAACAUAUUUUUCUCUUUAACAUGAUAAAACCCAGAACUGACAACAAAACCAUUGGCUUGAAUUUGUCUCUUCUCACCAGAAAUGCUAGAGCUAAAAUUUGAAUAACACACUCAUGUGAAAUGGUACCUGAUGUUUUCACCCAGACUUCUUGUGAGCGUUUCCACAUGGACACUGCAAAGGAGAUACACUUAAAUGGUCGUGACUUUCAGCACAAGGGGAAAGAGGCUUUAGUCACAGCCCAGGGGCUCUGGAGUGCUGCUCUCCUCCCCAGGUACCUUACCAGCUCCGGGACUGGCUGUCACUUCCCUUCUGUGCACCCCUUCUCCCUGGCAGCGCAGCACCUGCUCUGUCCCUGGAAUGCAGGACUUUCAUUGGAGGGGAAAUCACCUACAGUAACUUUGUGUCAUCUAGCCAUGGACUUCAGCAGGCUACAUCUACUUCAUGUAGCUGCUCAGAAAAGAAUGAGUAAACGUUAGAAAAAUUUAAAACAGGUCCCCUAUGAAAGCACCUUGCUCUGUGGCACUUUCCAGAUCUUUUGGGUUUUCUGUGUUUGAUCCUAUGCACAAAGACCAAAAUCAUGAUAGAGAAGUGUGAAGACUUUGAUUUUAGACUCUAAAAGCCAAGUUGGUGAUCCUUUCUGUUAAAAUGGUGAUACAAAUAACCAUUGAUCAACAAUUCUAUGUCCAGACCCCAGAGACUUUGAAAAGCAUUGUUUAAUCUCAGGUAAGAAGAACCCUUCUUUCUUUAGGCGUCUGGUCUCUCAAGUGAAAAUUUGGCAGUCGAUUUACUAGUUCCUGGGCCCAGAUGACUUAUUUCUCUCAACUCCAUAAGGAUUUAUUCCUUCUGAAAAUAAAGAUUUUGCCUGUGCAUGAUAGAGAUGCCAGACAGAACUGCUAAGGGGAAAAAAGGAAGCUGAAUUAAAAUUUAUGGUCCAGAUUUAAACUCUAAUUAAAUGAGUUGCCAUUCAUCACACAGUGUGUGGGAGCCUAGGACUCAGGCUUUCAAGCUGCAGAGAACUUUCAUGAAAAAUUCAGACAACAAGGCCUUUAACUCAAGCCAAGGUAACCUGAAGAUGACACUUUGUACAGACACAUGAAUUUACCAAGAAUAAUCUUAACUUUCACAUUUUAGGACAGUUGUGUGAUAUUGACAGUCCUAUGAUUAUUACAUUUUCUCUUAUAGUGCUAGAAUCUUGAAAUGUUUUGUUGACCCUUUUCUCCAUUGUUACUGAUACUGAAUUUCUUUUAUUUGCCUUCUAAGAAGGUAUUGUUUCUUAUUAUCACAGAGAAUCCUGAGCUUGAUUUUCCUUGUUCUUAUUUUGGGAGUAAUAUUGGAAUGAAUGGCAAUAUGGGUCCCAUUAUUUCUAGCCUAUUUGGUCAAAAAAGUCAAAGUGACUUUUUCAAGGUAUAGCAAUCAAUUCAUCAUAAAUUUCUUUUUCUCUUGGAACCCAGAAUAAAAAUAGCUACUUUUUUAAAUUCCAGAAAUAGUUGGAAAAGUUUGAGAAAAUUGUAUUCAAGAAAAUAAAGAUACUUAAUUCUAAUAUCAAA